GUUGACGGGGAAUUAAUUCUUUUGUGCCUGGCAGGGCAGCGAACCGAGGGAAGAUUUCAGUAGGUAAUCUACCAGGUUGAUGACUUGCUUGCAACGUCCUUUUUUUCCCUUCAGUUUUUGUUUUUGUUUCCCCCCUCUUCUGAUGUUCCAGAAGUUUAUGGCUUUUUUAUUGUCAUUUCUACAAUAUUUUCUUUUCUUUUUUGGGGGGGUUUUCAGCUUGCGCACAAGUUCCUUAUGCCCCAAGCCCAGUAAAGUGCGCAACAGCAUCACAAGAGAAGCCACCAGCACAAGAGCCUGUUUGCCCCCCUACUGCUACUGCAGUAACUACUGCCUCUUCCGACUCGGGCCAUGAGCAUGACUGUCUGCUGGUGACUGGAAUCGGCGACAAAGUGCUGAUCCUACGGCGGAACCAGUUUACCGUUCCCACCACGCGAAGAGCCGGACCAGACCGUAACCUCACUAGUCUGGUCUUUCUUACAUAUCACAGCCCACCGCCUCUGCAAUGAAUAACGCACCGCCGUAUGCUUUGUUGAUGUAUGGAAGCAGAAAAAACCCAGUAUCGGCGGUUGGCAGGCGGCAGCCGACUAUUUUAACCUGGUACGCUCUUCACUGUCUACGCCGAACCUUGGGACAGAUAUAGAAGAGAUUGGCGUGGAGAAUGAAAUUUAGCAUUGCAAAAGAAGCACGCAAGCAGUCGAGCAAAUAGGGAUACCAAGGGACCUGUUGAGAAACUCCCAAAAUUUUAUCAUUUCAUUCAGCCAGAGAACAAGAACUAGGCAGAGGAGUCAGACAGAUCGAGAGGGAGAAAUUGGGGGAAAAGAAGGGAAACAAGUUCGCGAUUGACAGGCUCAAUCGGAGCGUGAAUUUACAGACCAACAAAACUCAACAGGUUGUGUCAAACAACAAACACCAAGAGAUCAGACAAGACGGUUGUCUGCAAGUUCGGCAGUCAAACUCAUUGCUGCAGGCCAAGAAAAGACCAGAAGAAAAAGAGAUAAAAAGGAGAGAGGGGAAAGGGGUGGAGGAAAAAACGGACGACGGGAUCGACAGCCGAAUCAGGAUUCGCCCGACCGUCGAUCUUGCGGCACGGCAGUUCCGGGUCCCGUCCUUGCCGCCCCCCAGCCCCGACCGGCCAUGGAGGCCGUGGGCAUGUCGACGAUGCCGGCCGGCUUGGAUUAUAACAAUUCUGUUCGAUCUUCCACAUAUGACCCAGCAGUAGAGCCCACGAUCCGUGCUCUUCUCGAACAGCAAGUCGAAAUCCAGGCCAAGCUUGCCGCCCUGCUUCCUAGAAAAUAUGGCCCCAAUAUUCGCCUCGAGCUUCAAAUGUUGCGCCACAAGCGCCGCGCCCUGCUCUCGUACGCUGAGGAGCAUCAUCUCCCCGGGGGAGUUUCGACUUUGUCCGAGAUUGAGGAGGCUAGGGUCCUGCAAUAUCAAUGCGAAUGUCUUGAAAGUGCAUGCAUAGACCAAGGCGUGGACAUUCAGGACCCCAACUUUGUCGCGACGCUGAAGCGCACUCUAGAAGCCGAUGCUCCUGAGGGUUACUCUGCUUGGCUGGACAAGAAUCUCUCAUAUUAUGACCCAAUAGCCCGGCUCUGGAGGCUGAGGGACAGCAUGGCCUCGACCCACAGACUAGGGGACGAAACACAACACUCCUAUAAGUGCCCCAAUGAGCGGUGCUUGCAUUACAUAUAUGGCUUCCCGGCCCAGGACGACCGAGACCACCACGCCAAAGAACAUAUUCCCCCGGUCAAACGAGAUUCGGCACUGUCUGUUGGCGAAAACUUAUCCUUUUUCACCGACCCAUCACACCAAAGACCAUCGCUAUCAUUCCAAGGGUUUCCGCCCAAGCAAGUUUCGCCUGCCUAUUUGCCCCCUCCUGGAAGUGCAGCUGCGCUUCAGCUGGCACCCAUCGGUGCCGAUUCGAGAAGCACUGCUGCGAGAGACCACAGAGAACCCAUGCGGUUAUUCUCAGCUGCCCCUGAGUAUUUUGGCCAGACCAGACCGUCGGACGAGGCCGAGGUUGACCCUCUUCUUCCUCCACUCAAGAGAAGUCGCGUUGGGCCAUCGCGAUUAGAGUCCAUAGAGGAGCUGAGACUGAACCGCGAAGUAGACCUCUGCUUGCGUUGUAGGGUCCUGCAAAUACCAUGCGACGCACAUAACCCUUGUACUUCUUGCCCUGAUCAGGCGAGUCCUGGUGAUAAAGAUUUCUGGAAGUCUCUUGGUUGUUUCAGAGGAUCCUUGCCAUCAUUGGCCGAAAUCUUGCUUCCCCCAUCUCUUUCUCCUAGACAAAUACAUACGCCCAUGGCGUCGCCCCUUGCGCCGAGGAGGAACAUGAACGAAUUCCUGGAGCGAACCUAUGCAAUACCGCCAGAUAUUGAUAGGAUGGUGAGGUCCAACCUAGACUUUGAAGACGGUUUCUGGUGGACGGAAGACCUUGCCAGCAUGAUGACACCGAGCCCUCAUGCGGCUACUUUUAUAAGAGAACCUGUUGAGAGGGCACCGCCAAUACUAGCAGUGCUAGCGGGGAGCUGGAACAUGAAAGGGACUGCUUACAACUUCUGGCAGCUCUUGAAGAUGAGCGGGCUAAUAUCAGACUCAAGAGACGCCGAGUCAUUAGAAUUUCCUGUGUUGUACCGCGCAAAGUUACUCCUUCGCGAGGUUCUGCUAUACGACCUUCAACAGACAGAGCCAUCCAUACACGCCGAAGUCAUAAGUCCUCUAUCACAGCCGACAUUCGACGAUGUUGACUACUAUGGACGUUAUAGACUAGUGCUCAGCUGCCUUUCACAGUCUCUGCAGGCAUUUGAAGACGCCACGAUGCGAAAGCGAGUGCCAGAUCACAAGAACUGGCUCGCGGUGUUUUUCUCCCUGUGCAUACUAAGCGUGGUAAGGACGAUUUUGCUGGACACGACAAACACAUUCGCUGGGCAACUGCCAAGCCUACAACAGGGUGCGAGCCCUGGCGCCACGCCAAGGUCGGCUUCAAUGCAUGGCGUGUACAAGGCAUUGGUGACAAUGUUCACACGUUCGACGCCUAUGGUUCUGGAUGACAUGGCCGCUGGCGCAAUCGAGUUGGCCGAAGAGGACCAAGAUAUAUUCAAUACUGUCAAUCUGAUUAUCCGGCGCAGCACAUGGGCAGAGCGUGGGAUGCAGUCGACAAGAGAUUACUUGAUGCUUUUGGGGAGCGGCGAACACGAGGGUGCUUCUUACCACGGUUUCUUACGGCAGAGGUCACCUAGCCAGACAGGACAUUUUGCCGCUCUUGUCCCCGUGAUGCAGACAGGGGAAGAGCCGCGACCCCAGCCGCCUCAGAUGAGAUCGUUUGGCGAGGCGUGGACGCCAAGUGCCUCCAUGUUCCCUGACAAGGAUUCAAGGGAACCUUUUGGACCCGGGGGACCACCGACGGGCGGGGGCGUCAUGUCGUCCCCUCGGGAGGGAGAAUCAGGCUAUGUCAGACGACAUACAAUCGGGCCAAGCAGUCCUACCUUCUCACGAACGAGCAGUGGUGGUACCGGCAGAGGUUUGACCUCUCCAAUCCCAGCGACUCGAAUGAAACCAUCGUAUCAGCGACCGCCACUGCGGAGGGUGUAUUGCUCCAAGUGCAACGAGUAUCCAGAAGGCUUCAGGGGUGAGCACGAACUUCGACGCCAUACAGAUGCCAAGCAUGCUGCUCUGGUCAAGAGAUGGGUUUGUACCGAACCCAUCAACAACAACACUAUGAUAGCACCGCAGCCCAUCGUUCCCCUAUCCAAGUGCAAGGCUUGCGUUACCCAGAAAAGGUAUGGCGCAUACUACAACGCCGCCGCCCAUCUGCGUAGAGCGCAUUUCAACCCCCAUCGUGGCGGCAAGGCAAGCGGGGACUGGCCCACCAUGGCCAUCCUGAAGGACUGGAUGCGCGAGGUCCGCCAGUCGGUUGAUGUACAGGAUCCGAUUGACUCUUCGGACGGCGAGGAAGAAGUUGACUACAAAGCUCCUACAGCCGAGUUCAGCUCCCCUCACUCGACCAACCGUCGUUCACCGGUUCCUGAUGUGCCUAGGCUGGCUCCAGCUCCAGCUUCGGCACCAGCACCAGCACCAGCACCGGCCUCGGCGGCACCAGCACCAGGACCAAUCCCGUCGUCAGGGCCUGCAACUGCAUCGUCUGCAUUACACCCCCCUCCACCCCCACCGAUGCCACGUCCAGUGCAAUCCCCAGGAUCUCACAUAGCGCCGGCGCAUCAUCAGAGCCGUCCGGCCAUGAUGAUGACGCCGGCAUUGGAAAUACCGCCGAACAACCCUGGGGGCAUGAUCUUCCGAACCAACAGUCCCGGCCCAAGCCCUGUUUCCAUGUAUAACCACCACACGUUGCCGACCACCAGGCUUACGGACGAUCCGCAAGGGGGCUUGCAGGCGACAAACCGCAAUCGCUGCCCUCACCCAGAGUGCCGACGGGUUUUUAAAGACCUUGCCGCACAUAUGCUCACACACAUGGAGGAGCGGCCGGAAAAAUGCCCCAUCGAAUCGUGCGAGUAUCACAUCAAGGGCUUCGCGCGUAAAUACGAUAAAAAUCGGCAUGCGCUUACGCACUAUAAGGGCACUAUGGUGUGUCCGUUUUGUGCGGGUGCGGGAACGGCAUACGAAAAGGCUUUCAACCGGGCCGAUGUAUUCAAGCGGCACCUCACGGCCGUGCACAAUGUGGAGCAGACACCGCCGAACAGCAGGAAGCUCGUCGUCAGCGUGACGAGAGACGUGGCGGCAACGGGCGCGAGGUGCUCAAUCUGCCAGAGCCACUUUGCCACCGCUCAGGAGUUUUACGAGCACCUGGACGACUGCGUUCUCAAUGUAAUCGUGCCUACUACAACGCCCAAGAGCGCAGGCACAGUUGGAAGCGGCUGCGGCAGUGCGAGUAGCGUCGGCAGCGCGAUAACAAACCAGCAGCAACAGCAACAACAGAACGCACCAGGUAGUCUGGUAAGGAAAGAUUCCGGACCAUUGACGACGCCAAGUUCGGCCACUACUAUGCCGCCCACGAGAGCAGGCAGGGAGGAGCCUGGGACAAGGUCUGAUAAUAGGGGAGAUGCCUCAGGGCAGGCUGGCGGUGGCCGGUCUUCUGAGAAGAUCGAGCCUAGACAGGAAUCUGCAGUGUCAAUGCCCGAGAGGAUGGAGGUUGAUCCUUGAUUGGCGGGGAGCCCGCUUGAUUAUUGAAAUGGCGACUUUUGUGACUUUUUUUAUUUUUAUUUUUAUUUUCUUUUUACCAUACACAAUGAUCUAUGGCAUGGCGUC